AUGGACGAUGCUGCAGGCAAAGUGUUGGACCGCUGGUCCAUCAUGUCCCGAGAAGAGGAGAUUAUCACCCUGCAGCAAUUCCUACGCUUUGGUGAGACCAAAUCAAUUGUGGAGCUUAUGGCAAUUCAAGAGAAGGAAGGUCAGGCGGUUACCGUUCCCUCUUCCAAGACGGACUCCGGGAUAAGGACAUUCAUUGAAAGCAACAAUCGCAGUCGUAGCCCCGGUCUCCUGACGCAUAUGGAGAGCAGUAGCCCCUCCAGCAUUCAUCACUUUGAGAAUAUUCCCAACAGCCUGGCAUUCCUGCUUCCCUUCCAGUACAUCAACCCAGUCUCGGCCCCCAUGCUAGGCCUUCCCCCCAAUGGCCUGCCCAUGGAGCAGUCUGCCCUGCGGCUACGCGAACCCAGCCUCCCAAACCAGAGUGAGCAGGUGGAGAGCAGUGAAUCCGAGGUGUCCCUUUCCCCUUUUCGCUCGGGUCAGAGCCCAAGCCGUGGACCCCUGGGCGGCAUGAACAGCAACAUCGAACCCAAGACGGAGUCCAGCAACCGGGCCUCCCCCAUCUCGCCUACCCCUUCCACACAACAAGCCCAGCAGCAACAACAGCAGCAGCAGCAGCAGACACAGCUCCAGCAGCAUCAACAUCAACAACAACCACAGCAGCAGCAGCAGCAGCAGCAGCAGCAGCAGCAGCAGCAGCAGCAGGGCUCGCAACAGCCCCAGAACCAGCAGCAGCCCCACAACCUGAGUGACCACCAGGUCCAUCACCACUUCGUGAAGAGCGAGCAGUCCAAGUCCAUCACCCAUUCUUCCUUCUCCUCCAAGAUGCACCGCAUGCGCCGCAUGGGCUCUACCUCCCGCAAGGGCCGUGUCUGCUGCAAUUCUUGUGGCAAGACCUUUUACGACAAGGGCACUCUGAAGAUCCACUACAACGCGGUGCACCUGAAGAUCAAGCACCGCUGCACCAUUGAGGGCUGCAACAUGGUCUUCAGCUCCUUGCGGAGCCGCAACCGCCACAGCGCCAACCCCAACCCCCGGCUGCACAUGCCAAUGCUGCGCAACAAUCGGGACAAGGACCUCAUCCGGUCAAACUCAUCGGGUACACCCGUCAUCUCCUCCAACAAGAGCGGUGGCUUUAGUUUAACCAGUCCUGGAAGGCCACCCUUGGGCUUCACCACUCCGCCGUUAGACCCUAUUCUUCACUCACCCCUGCAGGGUCCAUUGGUGUUCCCAUCCCUCAAGUCAGUGCAGCCAGUCCAGCCCGUGCCUCCGUUCUAUCGUACGUUGUUGUCCCCCGCCGAUCUGGUCAGCCCUCCAGUGUCACUGCCAACCAGUCCCAUCCUGCCAAACAACCCCAACAGCACCUCCCUCAUGGACCAGCAGCAGAACAUGUUAGCUGCUGCAGCUGCCGCCUCCCACAAGGGUAACCAUCCUCAUAUGUCUGAUGCCGGGCCCAUGUCCCAUCGCAUGCCCACUCCCUGUGGCAUCCAGGAACCCAUCAGUGUAAACAGCGACCCCAUGCCAAAGAAGAAGCCGCGUAAGUCCAGCAUGCCGGUGAAGAUCGAGAAGGAAGUGAUCGACGUGGCGGAUGAUUAUGAUGACAAGGAUGAAGACGAUGAUGACGACAUGCACCAUCAUCACCACCACCACCCCGCGUCCCUUCUCCACAGCCACGUGAAGAUAAACGGGAACUGCAACAGUAUCAAAAACAACGGCAGCGGCAGCGGGAACCACAGCGGUGGGAGUGGACACCAGUCCCCUUCUCAGGACGAGAUGAGCCCCGGCCUGGCCCUCAGGGGCAUGAUCAGGCACAACGAAGACGAGUGCAGAGAAGGUCCCUGCAGCGAGACGAGGAGCGGCAACGACCUCAGGAGCUCCGGGGAGCUGCGCUGCAUGGACAGCUUCACCUCCGAGGACCAGGACCACGAGAGGGACUUUGAGAACGAAUCGGAAACCUCAGAGUCGAAGAUGUUCUACCGGGACGAGAUGAUGGAGGUGGAGGACAAGCACGGCCGCCACGGAGGACACGGUCUGGACAAGGACCACGAGGAAGAGGACGCGCACAUGAGGAGCGAGAUGGACGACAAGAGCCGGUCGUCGCCGUCCCCCCACCAGCCCCCCGUCAAGAUCAAGGAGGAGCUGGCCGACCCCACCUACGACAUGUUCUGCAUGAGCCAGUACGGCCUCUACAACGGGGGCAUGGCGGCCGCCGCCGCCGCCGCCAGCAUGGCGGCGCUACACGAGAGCUUCAUCUCCUCCAUGGCGUACGGUGCCAGCCCGCCCAAGUUCCCGCCGUCGCAGUCGCCGGAGGGGGACCUGUGCUCCAGCCCCGACCCCAAGAUCUGCUACGUGUGCAAGAAGAGCUUCAAGAGCUCCUACAGCGUGAAGCUCCACUACAAGAACGUCCACCUCAAGGAGAUGCACGUGUGCACCGUGGCCGGCUGCAACGCCGCCUUCCCCUCCCGACGGAGCCGAGACAGGCACAGCUCCAACAUCAACCUGCACCGCAAACUGCUGACCAAAGAGUUGGAUGACAUCGCCCUGGACCCCCACCUCAAGCCCCUCCCCAAGGACCUGCGGGCCGAGUUCCUGGCCAAGAUCUACGCCGGACACCACUUCGGCCUGGACGCCAUGGCGGCCGGGAUGGGCCUGGGGGCCGCCGCCGCCGCCGCCGCCGCCGGGCUCCACCGCGACCCGGGCUCCCCCGUCAGCCACCUCGAGUACCCCCACCUCCCCUUCGGCCGCCCCCGCUUCCAGAACCCGCACCACCCCGCCCACAACGGCUUCUUCCGGGGGGCGGCGCCGCCCGACGACUACAUGGUGCUGGACCUGAGCACGGCCUCCAGCGUGGAGUCCAGCGGCAGCGUCCACUCCUCGCAGGGCUCCGACGAGGCCAGCGACGAGGGCAUCCUGAUGGACGACCUGGAGGACGAGGACGAGGAGGAGGACGGGGUGGAGGAGGAGAGGGAGGAGAACAGCGACGGGGAGGACUUCUCCCAGCGGGCCAAGAGGCACUGCGGCGGCGGCGGCGGAGGGGGAGGGCUGCUCCGCGGGGAGGAGGACGAGGAGGGAGUGGAACUCAGAGGAGGAGGAGGAGGGAGGGAGGAGGACGAGGACGAGGAGGGGAUGUCCUCCUCGUCGAUUCUCUUGUCGUCCAACGGGGGCGGCCAAGGGGGCAGCAACGGGAUCCUUUGCAACAUCUGCCACAAAAUGUACAGUAACAAAGGGACGCUGCGCGUGCACUACAAGACUGUGCACCUGCGCGAGAUGCACAAGUGCAAAAUCCUGGGCUGCAACAUGGUGUUCAGCUCCGUGCGCAGUCGCAACCGGCACUCGCAAAACCCCAACCUCCAUAAAAACAUGCCGUUCUCCACUAUAAUAGACUGAGACACUUACCCACUACAUAAACUAUCACCAACCCGCCGCAAACCCUCUUCAGAAGUCUCUGUCCUCCUCUCCCUCCCUCCUCCUCCUCCUCCUCCUCAGUUCAGCGGUUGAAUUGAGCCCUUUGGUCGUCCCAUGCAAACAAAAUGGCUGUGCUCCUCUUGCUCAUCGUCCACCCCACCGAUUAUCCUCUCCUCCUCCACGCCCCCUGCCCACCAGGUACUCCAAACAUUCAGAUCAUUUUGACCUUUCCCCCUUUCACUCUUUGUAAGAAUAGUUUGAGACACUAAAGUGUGGAGUUGAUGUAAAAAAAACAACAACAAAAGACAAAAUAGCUCCAUAUUUAUUUUUUUCCCCCUGGUCAUUUGCCCUUGAUUUCUUUCCUCCCUUUGCUUUGUUCUUAUGUCCUUCUAAAACAAAUCUAUUCAAACCCUUAUUUGUGACUUUGCCUGCAGAAAUAAUAGUAUUGGAAAAAAAAAGUUAAAAUCUUCUUGUUGUACUUGUGUAAUGAUAGCUUUUAAAGGUUCCCCUUACAAAAGCAUGGAAGCUUCAGUUGUAAAUAGUGUCCUGACGAAGCUUUUGGUGUCAAACAGUUGUAUUGAUGGUUGUUCUCUUCUUUAUUUCUUUCUUUCUUUCUCUCUCUCUCUCUUUUAUGUUACAGUAUAGUACAAUACUUCCAGCUAUAGGCAAGAAAGAGGUAGCAUCUGACUAGCUUCAUUCAUAUUAGCGUCAAAGACACAUUUUUAAACAGAGAACGAGAACUAAAAAAAGAAUAUCAUGUAACUUGUUUUAUCUACUCGUUGGAUAUUCAGAGGUUGCCUGCAUGUUUUUUUAGGCUCCUACACUGAUGCCAUUUUCAUUUUUCUAUUGUUUUU